AUGCCUGACAAGACACCCAAGAAUAUCCGCCCCCUUAACCGGUUUAUCACCACCCACGAUGCUGCCGGUACAGCCAUUUUCUCCAACACCCUCUCGGAGGACAUGCCCAUCCAGCGCAUGGGCGAUGGAGCCGACUUUAGCCUCGUCUAUACCUCAGACCACUUUCCCGCGCAGUUAAAUGGUGACGCGGAUUUGAAGGAGUACACCAAUUAUCUGUCAAGCCCCCCCCGGGAUCACAAUUUCGACUGGAAAUUCUCUCUGGACUAUGGGGUAGUCCUCGAGGGUGAGGUUGAGCUCUUGCUGGACUCAGGGGAGACUCGAUUGCUUAAGCGCGGAGAUGUCGCCAUCCAGCGUGGAACCAACCACGCCUGGCGCAAUGUGACUCCAGAUGUCGUGGACCCUGUCACCAACGAAAAGACCCCGCAGUGGGCGCGCAUGCUUUAUGUUCUGUCGCCAGCACAGCCGAUGACGAUCGGCGGCACGAGUUUGGGAGAGGUUGUGGACGGUAUUGGAGUACGGGCAAGCACUUAA